GGGUGAGAUACCCGCUUUAACCGAGGAAGCCAAUGGACCAAAAACUCGUCGGCACUUCUUCGCUGCUGCUUCCGCUUCCGCUUCGGUGCUUCGCGUGAACUGCAGUUUGGACGUAGUGACGAGAUUUUGUUUGCCCUAUUGACCAUUUUGUCUUCCCGCCUAUUUUAUUUUUUUCGCACUCAAGCAUUUCCUUGAAUAGAUUGCAAGCGAGGGCUCCCUCUCCUGCUAUAGAGCAAGCCAGAGUCGGCGAGGGAGUAAAAAGACGCCCCCAAUGUCUGCGAGGAGUGGCACAUUUAGCGGUACGAAUGUCUUCCUCUCCAGAAACCUGGUCCCGCCCGAGGUUUUUGACGCCAUCCACGAUGCCCUCCGACUGAACGGCGCUCAGGUCUUCCUAUGCUGCGAUGCCUCCCGGACGGCCCCCAACGAUUACCACGUCAUUUCUUCUCCGGAUCACGAAAAGUUUGAGGAUCUUAAGGCAAAGGGCUGCAAUCUUGUAGGUCCACAAUGUAUUUUCUCAUGUGCGAAAGAGUACAGGAUGUUGCCCAAGCAUGGCUAUACCUGCUGCCUUGCAAUGGAUGGAGUAAAAGUUCUUGCUUCUGGAUUUGAGAGGGAUGAAAAGGCCAUGAUUGAAAAGCUAGUCACUGCUAUGGGUGGAGUUUUGCAGGCCAAGGCAGCAAUGGAUGUGAACUUUGUCAUUGUGAAGAAUGUUUUGGCUGCUAAGUAUAAGUGGGCUUUACAUGUUCUUAAGAAACCCAUCGUUAACAUGAGCUGGUUAUGCCAAUGUUGGAUUGAGCAUCGAGUAGUGCCCCAAGAGCCUUACAGGAUUCUUCCUUUUAUGGGGUUGACAAUCUGUGUUACCAGAAUUCCUGCAGAUGAACGGAAGGAGAUUGAAAGGCUGAUCAUACAGAAUGGUGGCCAGUAUUCUGCUGAUCUGACCAAAAAAUGCUCCCAUUUAGUUUCAGAUGCUCCAGCUGGAGACAAGUAUGUUGUUGCACAAAGAUGGGGUCAUAUACAUAUUGUUAGCCGCAAAUGGAUUGAUCAAUCCAUUUCAAGACGAGCCUGUCUGGAUGAGCGGCUGUAUCCUGUUCUUGAAAUUUCUCUUUCUGGUAAUGAUGCAAAAGUUUUGCAUAAGGAGCAAUAUUUCCAAGAACCCAGUAAUGUAACCUCACAGCUUCUGCCACCAACCAAUAUUGAGGACCUAGAAGCAGCUUCAUCACAGAACAUCUCUAUUUCAGAAACCUCUACCAUUAAAAGUGAGGUUGCAGUUGCAGAAGCAUAUCCUGGGAAGAUGGAAGACAAAAAUGUUGAAACAAAUUCUGAACAUGUGGAAGACAAAGUUAAAUUUGAUUGCCGAGUGGCUCAAGAUUCAGAAGAAGAUGAUGAUCUUUAUUUAUCAAGUUGCAGAAUCUUUCUGGCUGGCUUUGAGGAGAAGGAAUUGAGAAAGUUAGUUAAUAUGAUACGAAGAGGUGGAGGCACUCGGCAUAUGUUAUUGAGUGAAAAGCUGUCACACAUAAUUUUAGGCACACCUUCAGAGUCAGAAAAGAAAGAAAUAAGACGCUUGGCUGUUUCGGGCGUCAUUAAUGUGGUUAAUGCCACCUGGCUUGAGGAAUCUGAUCAGGCAAAGAGAGAGCUUCCUGUAUCAUCCAGGCACAUUUUUUCCGCCUUAAUGAUUUCAAAGGAUUCAACAUAUUCUUGUAUGGAGCCAUCUGUUGUUGAUCAAGGUGUCAAGAAGGUUGAAAAUAUUCGUGUUUUUUCUUUUGCAACAACUAGUCCUGUUACAGAGGAUAAAGUUCUUGUAUCCAAGCCGUUAUCUAAUGAAAAGCAAGGAACCAAUGAGAGCUGCCCAAUCGUUAAUGGCUUCACAGAAGUAGUCACUAAGUGUGAAGCAUCACGCCAGCAUUCCAUUAUGAAAGUUAAUCAGACACAUGAAAGCAAAUUGCAUAUGGUUUCUGCCAGGGGGGAUUCUUCGAAUAGUAAAGCAGUUUUCAAGGGGAAGUCAUUUUGUUUUUCAAGCUCAUUUCCGGUAGAACCUCGGGCUGAAGUUAUUGAAUGGGUUAAAGGAGGAGGAGGAGGGACUUUGUUGGAUGACCAAGCAACAAAUGCUGAUUUCAUCAUCGAGUCUCAUGGUCUUUCACAGAGUUUGUGUGCUAGUAUUUUUCAAUCUACUUCUGUUUCCACGCAUUGGAUACGCGCCUCUAUUGAGGAGUGCUGCAUGCAAGAUGUUGCAAGCCACAUACUUUACUCUCCAUUGAACUGCCAUAUUCCGUUACCUGGAUUUGAAGACCUCCGAUUCUGUGUUUCCCAAUAUGAAGGGAAAGAGAGAAUAUUAUUAAGGAAUUUAUGCUUUGUCUUGGGAGCAAAAUUCACCGAGAAGCUAACCAAGAAAGUUACUCAUUUAUUAUGCAAGUUCACUAAUGGUCCAAAAUACACAGCUGCUUGUAGAAAGGGCAUUCAAACAGUUACUGCUGAGUGGAUCACUGAAUGCGUCUCGCAGGAUAAAUUGGUUCCACCUGAUUUAUUUCAGCCAAGGCCAGUAACUUCACAGGAUAAAGAGGCAGGUUUAUGUACUGUGAGUCAGCAUCCAACACAGGCAGUUCGCAUGAUUUCCUUCCCAUCACAAUCACCUAGUCAACCCCAAGGACUGAUGCAAAACUCAAGAAUGAACGUUGGUUCAAGUUCUGAUGGAAAAAGGUUGAACUUAUCGGAAUUGGAUAGAAAUACUCGUGCAUCUAAAAGAAAAAAAGUAAAAGAAAUUCUUGGGGAAAAUCGCAAAACUGGUCCUGAUGUGGCCGAAGCCAUAGAGGAUCUGUUAGCGCAGUCAGACAAGAUUCAAGACCUAAAAUCGCCUGGGACGUCUGGUAAUGGAAGUAAUUUACAGAUAUUUGCGCCUGAUCCUCCUAUUAUUGAUCAAAAUCAUGGAAAUUCAAAUACUGCUUCUGGAAUAUCAAACAAUUGGAUAAUCCGGGAGCAGAAACAAGGAAGCAUUUCCCAUCCAACAAACCAAGCAAGAAAGUCUGGCGCAUAUGAUGCUUUUACUGAAACACAAACAGAAUCACAGGUAGUUGGGUAUGAGGAAGACUUGUCAGGCAGGCAGAAAAUAAUUGAGAGAGUUCGAUCACAGAGCUUGACAUUGACGCCAGAUGUGAGAUGAAAUCAUUGCCACCUUGUCCACUAAUUUCGGGGAGAACAUGCCUUUCACGUAGGCUCUGAGAUUUGCAAUGAAAAGGUUUCUACACUCACCAAUUUUUAAUCCAAAUUUACUCGCCCAUUUGUGUAAGAAAAUGCAUGGACUUGCUGCUGUUAAGAUGGAAGUUUUGCUUGCUCUGUAUGAUUGUUUUUUGAGACCUGAGGGCUGUAGAAGAAUAGAAGCAUCCCUCCUUUAAAGCUUCAUAAACGUUCAACUUGGGCUCUUUCUCAUCCCACUGAUGGCUGAAGCAAUGGAUUCAGAGAUGCAUCUAUUUUUAUUCUUUUUGAAUUAAUGAAUAUAUCAUCACAUCAAUCACCUUGCAGCCCAUAUCCUAUUUAAUAUGUAAUUUGCUGCUUGUUCAAUAACUAUUCCAAAAUUGUUUAUAAAACUUUUUUGACUUAAUAUUCAUGAUUUUGAAAAGCGUAAAA